AUGCAUAUCUCUUCCCAGUUUCGUUUACUUACUUCCGCUGCUAUUAAGACAGAAGAUGUUACUAACGUUCAAAAAGCAAAAAUAAGCAAAGCAAUGAAGGCAUAUUUAGAACGGGCCAGAGAAUAUGAAAGUUGUAUGGAAACAGCCCGGCUAGAAUACAUGCUGGGAAAAAGGCAUCUAGCAAACAUGAUAGGGGCCGACGUAGAAAACUUUACUGAACAGGAUGUGGAUCAAGCUAUACAAUAUUUGUUUCCUUCUGGUUUGUAUGAUCCGGCUGCAAGACCUGCCAUGAGGCCACCAGAAGAAUUUAUACCUACCAAAAAAGGAGCUGAAUUCGAUGAAACUGGUCGUCCGUUCCAUAGUUUUUUCUACACCGGUCGUCCAAAUUUUUUCCAACUGCUUUUUGAUAUUGUUGAAAACAUAAACAAACUGAACGCGUUGGAAGAUUCAACAAAGCUUAAGGGAAGGUCUUUGGAAUCAGUGGGAAAACAAUUAUACACAACAGGCUCCGAGUGGUUACCAAAGGAAUUAUUGGAAAAGAAAAUUGUGGAAAUGAUCACCAACAUUGAGUAUGAUAACUUUGUUAAUGCUAUGAACCGUCUGUUGGUACACCCGCUGUCUGAACGAGCUAAGGAAUUUAUCUACGAGUACAGGAAACCACUAAUAUCCAAGCUCGAAAACGAUACUAUUCCUACACCACAACACGAUGCCGACGGGCGACAGUAUGUCACAAUUUAUGAGUGUCUUCGAAAAACAGCUCGUGGAGAUGUAACAGUCAAGUUUCCCGGUACUGGCAUUAUCGAAGUAAAUGGACAGGAUUUACGUAACGUAGGUAGUACGCAACAACGAGAACAGAUCCUUUUCCCGGUGCUGUUUACAAAUAUGCAAGGAAAAGUAGAUAUCUUUGCAAACGUUUCUGGUGGCGGAACGUCUUCACAGGCAGGUGCUGUGCGAUGGGGUAUUGCGAUGGCAUUACGUAGUUUUGUGGACAUGGACCAAAUUGCACGUAUGCGUAUCGCUGGUCUGCUAACUCGGGAUUAUCGUCGCAGGGAACGUAAAAAACCGGGCCAGGCAGGUGCUCGCAGAAAGUACACGUGGAAGAAGCGUUAAAAGAGUUAGAUGACGCUGAAUAAGUCGGAUGAUUGUAACAUAUGCCACGCGGAGCUUUUGCAUAGCUCCAGAUAGCAGAGUUAGUAAAUAAAAAAUAUAUCGAAACAUAUUGUUCCACGUUACUAUAUAUUAUUAUGCAAAUGCAAAACUAAUUUGAAACAUUUUGUAUAAUUGUUAAUGUAUUUUUCGCUUAAUGAACAAUGUUAAAAUACCUAGGUACCGUUUAACCAUUACAUCUAGAUCCCCAUUACAUAAAUAUU